AUUUUAAAAAAAUCCAUAAAAUGCGCUACUCUCCCUAUUACAAUGGACAAAUGUAUAUCGAAACUCAACCGCUAUGGGAUCAUUACACUCAUAUGCCAAAUAAAUCAUGGCAUCGAAAGCCCUUCGAGCCACAACAUACCAUCAAUCAUUGGCGUGAUUUGGAAGGCUCUCGAAUGUCUCAGAUAUUGGCAAAGGAUUUGUCGUUUAAAAACUGGAGUUGUUCGCGAAUUCGCGAGAACGCCUGUCUACCUCUUUACUACACCACCGGUUAUCGUUUUAUACAUCUAACUAAGAACUUUCCGGCUGGCUUCAAAUGUUCACCAUUGCCCAUGAGUUUGGCCGAAGCCUCAGCAGAGAGGGAUCAUUAUUGUAGAAUGGAAAGGGAAGCGGAACGUUUGGAAAGAAAAUCAAGCAAAACUGUAAAGAAGAGUAAAGAAGUCGUAUCCAAGAGCAAACAUAAAAAGAAAUGAAGGAAUUUCGCUGAAGCCAAUGUUCAACUUGCAAGUGGAGCUUUCCUGUGCUGGCCUACAAGUUGAAGGUUUGCUAACUUUUUUCCUUAUAUUGUUAAAUGGUUUGUAUAGCUACAAAAGUGCAAUAAAAAGUUGUAUUUGUACAAACU